GUCUGCGAUUGUUCUAGACAUCCUCCUACAUGUCAAUCAGCGCUUGCCAGUCCUUUGUAACAUGUUUAUGUAAUCUCUUCUACAAAGAUACACAGAUGACAUAAUCAAGACUGAAAAUGACGUCAUUCCUUUGUUGGAGAACAUAAUAAUCAAAUAGUGCAGCAAACUCUAGGAAAACAUAUACAAGAAACAAUAUUCCCUUAUACAAAAGAUACAGCUUAAAGUCGUUAAAAAUGACUCAUAUACAACACGCAUUUUUGCAAUAUUUAUGCUAGUAAAGUCAUUUCCUCUUCGAAUUCAAAAUCUAAUAUUUUCUGCAACGCAUAGAGGACCAAACGCAAACGAAGUGAAAAAAAGAGACGUAAAAUGAGAAAAUAACAGAACAGAACUUAAGAGAGAUAAUGUUCAAAACAUGUAAAGCAAUUUAAGCAUCCCCCGCGGCAGGGGGAAAGGGGGUGGGGUUUCAGCACCUACCACCAGCCACACAAUGUACAUAAUGAAUGAAGCUUAUACGCCACUAAAAAGGUAUGGGGUCCUAGAAGACACCUCAGAUUAAUCACUAAGAAGGAUUCAGAGAAAAAGUGACAAGUUCCAUUCAAGCACACUUGAAGAUCGCAUAGUGGGGGUCCAGGAAGCGAAGCUUCUUGAAUUUCAACAUUUAAAAACAAUAAUGAAAUGCAGCAUCUAUUAGAUCGAGAUUUGAUGUAGCUGUUUAGCAUCAUUUGCUCUUUCAGUAUUAUAUGUAUAAUUUUCUACAGAAGAGGAGGGGGGCGGACCCUGCGGAUCCGUCUGAACUACAUUGUAUACUUGUGUGACGUGCUUUUGCCGAUUUGGCACUCUGUCAUGAUGACGCAGUAGUAUCCUUAUAAACUGCGAUUACAUGUACAGUAUAUCACGAAUAGAGCACAUGUAAUAUGAACUUUAAAACUAUUCAAACAAGAGAUAACAAGUAGAUAGUGUUUAUUAAUUUGAUCUCACCUGACUUAUAUCACAGUACCGGACUGGAGCUCGCAAUAUCAAGGGGGUUAUGGUGGAUUACAGAGAGUGAACUGCUCAUGUGACCCAGCCAUAAGAAAUGGACCCACAAUGCAGUGCCCAAGAUGUCCUACUGUGUGACCUCUGUAAAACUGACCCGCUACAGAGCCACUGUGAACUUUGUCAUAAAAAUUUCUGUAUCAGCUGUGUCGGUAAACACCUUUCAGAUUCAUCUAAAAAACACAAUGUCGUAUCAUAUAAACACAAAAAGUCUACUCCUAACUACCCAGAAUGUCCAGACCACGCCAAAAAGCACUGUGAACUUUACUGUGAGAAAUGUGACAUUCCUGUCUGUUCUACCUGCGUUUCCUCUGGUAAACACAAAGGUCACGAUCUUUCAGAUAUUCUGAAAAACAUCAGCUCUAAAACACAAGGUUUACAAAAAGAUUUGGAAGAACUAGAGAUCAGAGUUUAUCCCAAAUAUGAAGAAAUUGUGUCCGAUAUCCAAACUGAGAAAGCCCGGUUAGAUACAGAUUACAAGAAACUGGCAAUAACUGCCGACCAACACGGAGAAGUCUGGCACCGAGAAAUCGACACCAUAGUCAGCCAACGAAAAUCUGACAUCGAGGAAAUGAAGAAUAAACACAUGGCCAUUCUAAAUAAAAACAUAGAUGAAAUCACACAGAGUAUUACGGAAAUCAAACAGAUCAUUUUGGACCUGAAGACAAUAUUGAGCAACAAUGAUGUUUCCCAAGUCUCUACCUACAAAUCUAGGAAUACGGCCGAGUUCCAAAGAUUGCCUCCUAAAGUCCUCGUUACAUUACCAAGUUUUUCUCCUCAAAAGAUGAAAACAGACCUACUCCAUCAAUCAUUUGGGUCGCUGUCAUCAUUAUCCAUUACCACUGAAGAACAGGUCUACACAACGGAGACACUAGAAGCUGGUUCCACUUUUCCAGUCAAGCCCCUGCUUGAUGAACCACGGCUCACCGCGAUUAUAGACACCGGGUAUACCCCACUAUGUAGUGUUACCUGUCUCAAUGAUGAAGAAAUCUGGACAUGUGGGGCUAACAAAUUCAUGAAGCUCCACAAUCUCCAGGGCAAACUAGUGAAGCCAAUCCAAGCCAAGUCCGGGAACAUGCCAGGGGACAUAGCAGUAACACUGAGCGGGGAUCUAGUUUAUACUGACCCUGAAACAAGAACUGUCAACAUAGUGAAGAAUAAAAAGAUACAGACCGUGAUCAGACUAGAGGCCUGGGAACCCCGUCAAGUUUGCAAUACUUCAUUCGGUGACCUCCUAGUUACCAUGGUCAGUGAUGAUUACAAACAAUCCAAAGUUGCCCGUUACUCAGGCUCCACAGAAACACAAAGCAUUCAGUUUGAUGACCAGGGUCAACCUCUCUAUUCAUCCAAUCGUUACACUAAAUACCUCAGUGAGAACAGGAACCUGGAUAUCUGUGUUGCUGACUAUAAAGCUAAAGCAGUGGUGGUGGUCAAUCAGUCGGGAAAACUCCGAUUUAGAUACACUGGUCAUCCCUCUACCAAGGAACCAUUUAAACCGGCCGGCAUCACUACUGACAGUCAGAGUCAGAUCCUAACAGCAGACUAUGACAACGACCGUAUCCACAUUCUCGAUAAAGACGGACACUUCCUUCGUUACAUUGAUAAAUGUGGUCUAUAUGGGCCAUGGGGUUUAUGUGUGGACACCAGAGACAACCUCUUUGUGACUGAUGAUGAUAAUGAAGUGAAAAAAUUCCAAUACUUAUAAACAAUUUCAAUUACACCCCUAAACAUGGUGUUAAUUAUUGCUUUAAACACUACCUGUUAAUUACAAUUAUAGCAAUGUUCAACUCUUAA